GGUGAAAAAUAAGCAUAGAAACAUUAGAGAUCAGAGAAAGAUGUCUGGGGCACAAGGAGCACAACCAAAAGGGUCAAAGACGGCAACAAUAUAUGAGUCGGUAGGAGGAGGAGAGAACAGGACGAGGACUGAGUUACGUUCACGGGAGGAUCAAGGUUGCAUUCAGGUGGAGAAAUUGCAGGACAAGGUCACUGAUCCUGCUGGCAAAGGUGGUCCUGUCUUUGGUGCUGGCAAAGAGGAAGACAAACAAGAUCUUGGAGUUACAGGCACAGGCUAAAUCAUAACCCAAUGGAACCCAUUUGAGUCUUCCUUACUUUACUUGUACUUUAUGUUUUAUGGAAUAAAAAAGGAAGAGGUUGUUGUUAUGGGCUAAA